UCUGUGUGCGCAUGUGCGGACUGGGUAGAGCGACCAAGAUGUCGUCGUCCAUGAGUGGGAUGUUCUCCGGUCAGCAGCCCCCGGGCCCCCAUCCCGUCGGUGGUCCCGGUGGACCGGGCCAGCCGGGCUUCCCAGGUGCAGCUACUAGAGCUCCGGGAAACAACACGCUGGUGGACGAACUGGAGGCUUCCUUUGAGGCAUGUUUUGCAUCCCUGGUGAGCCAGGACUACGUUAACGGAACUGAUCAGGAGGAGAUUCGAACUGGUGUUGACCAGUGUAUACAGAAGUUUCUGGAUGUGGCUCGACAGACGGAGUGCUUCUUCUUACAGAAAAGGCUUCAGUUAUCUGUGCAGAAACCAGAACAGGUGGUGAAAGAGGAUGUGUCAGAGUUACGUAAUGAGCUACAGAGGAAAGAACUGCUGGUUCAGAAGCACUUGUCCAAACUGCACCACUGGCAACAGGUUCUCGAGGACGUGAGCGUUCAGCACCGCAAACCAACAGAACUUCCUCCUCCUGGACCGCUGGCCUUUCUAGAGCAGGCCUCUGCCAGUCUGCCCCCUGCCCCUUUAAAACCAAGUUAACACACCAAAGUUACAGUCACAUUAGUCUUCUGUCUAAUUACAUUGUUUACACCCAGAAUGGAAUGUUGAACUCUGACCUACAAGCGUCUGUCAGUCGCACCGAAAUGGGAAACUAAUUUGUUUGCGUUCAUCCAUCAUAUAGGCUUGAUUUGAAGCAAGAUGGAGCAAAUAUUUGCAGGACUUAGGUACAAUCGCAUUACACCUAACUGUCACUAUACACACCACGUACAUAUCGUGUGAUGCCCGCUCUCAAGUGUCAACCUAUAAGAAACUGAAGAACAGUUUGUUUUCACUCUCCAGCUGUUGGAACAUCAUGACGUAGAUCAUUUUAUUUCUGUAUUUUGUUUUAUGUAAAUAUUCCUAUUGCCGACUUUUUUUUACUGUAAAAUAAAAGUAUUUUGACUCUGGACUAAAGUCUUUACUAUGUUUUUCUAUUUGCACAGUGCAUCAUUUUUGUCUUUGAAAACAAAAUGUAAAGGGGCAUUCCACCAAUUUUAGACAUUAAGAUGAGUUUACAAGUCAUGGAGAGUUGUACUCUGAACAAACUGUUUUAUAAUGUAUUUUGUAGCUCUGGAAGAGAUAUUUGUUAGAUCUGAAAAAACAAACCCUGUUGUUGCAAACUGAGUUUAAAAGAUGGGGGGAAUUUGCCAAGCAGAGAGGAUCUGACAAAAGCCAUUUUGGGAUCCAGCAUUCUGGGAGCACUACUCAUGAGUAAAAGUCAAGAUCCUGCCUUCUGCUGCUUAAUUAUUUGUUUUAAUCUUUCUCACAAGUUUCCAAAUUUAGUGGAAAUGCAACUAAAUCAGUGGAUUACUCAUUUCAUAACUUGUCCUAUAAUUUUAAAUAUUCACAUAGGUAUAUAACAGUGGAGUCUUGACAUGUGUAAAACCAUGCUAACAGCUUUAAUAUUCCAUGUGACUUCUGUAUGAAAUCAUGACGGAGAAAAGACUUCAGAUAAGCGGUGUCUGAGCCUCCUGACAGCCUGUUGUCUCUAAUGCAUUCAGCGUCUUCACACCACAACAGACUUGUUCUCCGCAGCUUCACAGCUAUCGCCCGUCCACGGACAGCACAGCCAGACACAAACCUUCACAGAUGGACUCCAAAGACAGACCAGGGGUCUGGUCUU